CUUAAGUGAUGUGGUUAUAUUCAUUAGCUGUUUAGGUUUGUUAAAGUUGUAUUCCUAUACUAUAAAGAUAACAACAGAAAAAACUGUAUUUCUAAACGCCUUUUAAAAAUAUGCAAAAUUCGCUGAAAUAGUGGUUCAGUUAAUAGCUUCUAGACAAGCCGGAUAAAUUUUACCACAAUGUGUUCCAAAAUAGUAUUGUUCACCAUAUUCAGUGUAUUAAGUAUAUCGGACUCUGCAAGAAUUCUCGGGAUUUUUCAAACGCCUACCACGAGUACACAAUCAGUGUUCCAAGCGAUUUGGAAAGAAUUAUCACUAAAAGGGCACCAGGUAACAGUGGUGUCGCCGUUUCCAUUGAGAGACAAAAGUUUGGUCAACCUUACGGAAAUAGAUGUGAGUGGAACAACGAAAAUAUUUUUAAACCAUGAUUUUCAAUUUUUUAUGAACAAAGAAAGGUCGACUACAAGCAAAAUCGAAGCUUUAUUUAAUGUGAACUACGAGUUAUCAGAAGCUAUUUUCGAAGAUGACGGCUUCAAGAAAAUCUAUCAAAACCCUAACGAAAGGUUUGACCUAAUCAUAAUCCAAAUUCAUAUAAAUCCCAUCUUUCACACCUUAGGAGCUAGAUUUAAUGCUCCAGUAAUAGGUGUAUCCUCCAUGGGAGGCUACAUAGGUAGUCAUUUCGCCAUAGGUAACCCAAACCACCCAGCAUUAUAUUCAGAAAUGUUUCUACCCUACCACGGCAAGCUUACAUUUUCGGAAAGAUGGUAUAGUAGCUUCUACAACAUGUGGGUUAGGGGAUAUUUAUACUUUAAAGCAAUGCCAAGAUGUAAUCAAAUCGCUAGAAAGUAUUUAGGUAGUAAUAUACCCGACAUAGAGGACUUGCAGAAGGAUUUAAGCAUACUAUUUUUAACUACUAAUCCUAUUUUGUAUGAACCAAGACCUAAUGUUCCUAUUAUACAAGCCAUAAGUCAGGUACAUCUCAAGCCUGUCCAGCCAUUAAAUCAGGAGUUACAAAGUAUUCUGGACAAUGCCAAAAAUGGUGUUAUAUACUUCAGCUUGGGUUCAAAUGUGCAAAGUAUUUAUAUGCCCGAAAGAUUCCGUAGAAUUCUUAUAGAAACGUUUGCUGAGCUACCUUAUACAAUUUUAUGGAAAUGGGAGUCUGAGGAUUUGCCUAAUAAGCCUAAAAAUGUUAUAAUUAAAAAGUGGUUGCCACAGCAGGAUAUUUUAGCUCAUCCUAACAUUAAGGUAUUCAUGACGCAGUGUGGUCUUCAAUCCUUGGAAGAAUCCUUCAACGCAGGCGUACCAAUUAUUGGUGUGCCUUUUAUAGCCGACCAAGAAAUGAAUAUAAAAAGAUUAGAGCGAUAUGGAGUCGGUCUAGAAAUAAACUAUCUCUCUGUAACCAAGGAAGAAUUAAAAGGAAAAAUAUUGGAAGUUGCCAAUAAUGACAAGUACCGCAAAAAAGUGGUUGAAUUGAAUAGUUUAUUAAAUGAUGAACCAAUAAAAGGUUUGGAAAAAGUGGUAUGGUGGACUGAAUAUGUGCUAAGGCACAAUGGUACUAAACACCUUAGAGGUCCCACUGUAGAUAUUGGAUGGGUGGAAUUUUUACUUUUGGAUGUUAUAUCUGUAACCUUAAUAUUUACUGUUUUGUGCCUAUUGAUACUAAAGAGGUUAAUUUGUUUUAUAUUUACUAAAAAAGAAAAACUAAAAACAAAAUAAUUUAAUAAAU